AGAGAGAGAGAGAGAGAGAGGAAAAAAAGAGAGAGCUACAGUUUGCUGCUCUGGACUGUAGGAGAAGAGAAUGUUUUAAAUAGCAUGGAAUAUCUUCACACAGUCACACAGCACUGCAUCACUAGAGAAGGACAGCAUUCCUGCAGGCAUCGAAGGUUAAUGCACUAUUGAUUAUAAGCAGAACACCAGUUAGACUGAAUUACGACCAUGCCUCUUGGGAAGAACGGAAAGAAGAAAGUGGAGGACAUCAGUAUGGUUUAUGACAUCAAGGAGAAGUUGGGAGCGGGAGCUUUCUCUGAGGUUGUUUUGGCCCAGGAGAAGGAUUCGGAGCGUUUAGUGGCCCUGAAAUGUAUCCCCAAGAAGGCUCUUCGAGGCAAAGAGGCUGUGGUGGAGAAUGAAAUCGCAGUUCUAAAAAAAAUCAAUCACAAAAAUAUAGUUGCUCUGCAAGACAUCCACGAGAGUCCUACACACCUGUACCUAGCAAUGGAACUGGUUACGGGUGGAGAGUUGUUUGAUCGCAUCAUCGAGCGUGGAUAUUACACAGAGAAGGAUGCCAGCCAACUCAUACGCCAGGUUUUGGAUGCGGUCCAGUAUCUACAUAACAUGGGCAUUGUUCACCGUGACCUGAAGCCAGAGAAUCUACUCUAUGCUACACCUUUUGAAGAUUCCAAAAUUAUGAUCAGCGACUUUGGCCUGUCGAAAAUUGAAGAUGGAGGAAUGAUGGCCACUGCAUGUGGAACCCCAGGAUAUGUGGCCCCCGAACUUCUGGAGCAAAAGCCAUAUGGUAAAGCUGUGGAUGUCUGGGCUAUUGGCGUUAUCUCCUAUAUCUUGCUCUGUGGCUACCCUCCAUUCUACGAUGAGAAUGAUUCCGAGCUUUUUAACCAGAUCCUGAAAGCAGAAUACGAAUUUGACACUCCAUACUGGGAUGACAUUUCUGAAUCAGCCAAAGACUUUAUCCGACACUUGUUGGAGAGAGAGCCAGAUAAAAGACUGACAUGUGAACAGGCCCUCCAGCAUCCAUGGAUUUCUGGAGACACGGCACUGGAAAGAGACAUUCAUGGAUCAGUCAGUGAACAGAUUCAGAAAAAUUUUGCUCGGAGUCAGUGGAAGAGGGCUUUCAACGCUACAUCUUUUCUGCGUCACAUAACUAAAAUGGGACAAAGUGCUGAGGUGGAACCCGAGGAAAACCCUGGAGAGGCCGCACCAGAAGAGAAAGAUAAGUGGUGAUGGAAGUUGGAAAUGGAAGACUUGACGUCUGGAGUUCCCCAUUCCUGGGAUCUCCAUGUCAGGCAAUACACCCUUGCAUGAGCUUGUGGUGACACCUGUCUGCAUGAUGCCUUGAGCGGCCAAUGGCUGUCCUUUCCUUAGCCCACCACGGCCACCCUCAACUCCCAGUCCCUCCAGCUGGCCCUAGCCUUCGAGAAGUUAUAUAGAUGGGGUGCAGAAUGAAGCAUCUGCAUUGUUGAUCCCUAUUGUUUCCCUGUUCAAAGGAUGAACUAGAGAAGGAGGUAUAUGAGAUUUGCUUGUUGACUUUUUUCCGAUUGCUAAUCCUCCACUGUGGAGAGUUUUGGGCAAAAUAAAAAUCAUAUCAAACAUGGAACCAGGAAACAGAGGCUGAUACACUACCUCAUAGCAAGUACACUGGCACCACCUGGAAAUUACUGUAUGGACCAUCCACCUCUGUCUACCCUCUGUGGAAGAGAACAGCCAAAAAACAUUAACAAUUUUUUUUCAACCCUCAAAGCUAACAACUAUCUUCAGAAAUUAAUGUUCGUAAUAUUCUUUAAUGAGACCCUUCCUUAAUAUCCCAAACUAGCACACAGUGCUUUAUUUGAGGCAAUAGAAUUUCCGAUACUCAUACACAAUGUGGAAAUAUGGUUACUCAACUCUCCUGUACUAUCCGUUUGUUUUGUUUUUUUGAUGGGUAGUAGUACUUAUUAUUGGAGAGGAAAUUGCUAAACAACCAAUCUAUAUCUCCUAUCUCUUCUGAUCUGAGUUAAUAUCCAUUUUCUUUGCUAAAAUACAACUGCUGUAACAAUUAACCAGCUACACUUGAAUGAAUACUUUAUGUCACAUAUAAGAAUAUGACCAUCAUGUCAACGUGAGGAAAUUAUACCUGGAGGCCGACAGGGCUCAGAAUAGGCUUAAAGUUUUAAAUAUUCAGGUCAAGUAAAAGCAAAGAAUUUGCAGGAUGAAAUCAGCACACAUGGAAUAAACCUGAUUAAUUAGCAUUCAAAAGUCUGUAAUUUGGGAGUCUGGGGAGUCGAGCAGAGUAAAAUUUCAGUUUGGAUGUAUAGAUGGUGACCGUCUAGUGGAAACCUUCCUUAUUUCAGUGUGAAACUACGGCUUAUUGUGCCAAAUCACAAACCCUAUGAUUCCUGCUGUCAUUAUACCCUCUCUUUAUGAUGUUACAGUUCAGUUAACCAAUAUCGUGAUUCUGGAAGCCUGGGAGCUCCACCCUGCACUGGAAAUGUCAGAAGAACAUUCUGAUACGUUAUCCUUCCAUUGAUACAUUCCUAUAAAUGUUCAGCCACAGCCACUCGUGAAGUGUCCCUUCUCCUCAGUGACGGUUUGCCAGUGUUCAAAGUGUGCUUAGGCUUCUGGUGUCAUUUAAAAAUAAAAACAAACAAUACUUGUUGGUGUUUAAGGACUAUGGAUUAACUUCUGGAAGAGUGUAUUCUUGUGAUUUGUUUGUCUUACAUUAAAAAAUACCAGUGCUGACCAGU